GGACGCACACGGGGUGGAACCGCGAAGCUAGUAGCAAUUCUUAGCAUAGCCGAGCUUUGACUAGCAAUGUGACCACAUCAGAAUCAAAAUACAACCUGUUAACGUCGCUGUUUGUGUGGUUAGUCAAUGUUUUAUAACCACACACGGUUAUGAUUGGGUAGAGUAACGAAAACGAAACGUUCGUCGACCGGUUUUCAAUAUUACAAACCAUUAUGGAUGCAGUGAACGCGUUCAACAUGGAGUUGUUCUCCAUGAUUGACAUGAAGCCUCCAAUAUCCCGUGCUAAGAUGAUGUCUGUAACCAAAUCAGCCAUCAAAGCUAUCAAGCUUUACAAACAUGUUGUCCAGAUUGUCGAAAAGUUCAUCAAGAAGUGCAAGCCAGAAUUAAAAGUCCCCGGUUUGUAUGUGGUGGAUUCAAUUGUUCGACAGUCACGGCAUCAGUUUGGUGUUGAAAAGGAUGUAUUUGCGCCCAGAUUCUUGAAGAACUUCACAGAAACUUUCCAAAACCUUUACCACUGCCCGGAGGAUGAUAAGAGCAAAAUGCUCCGCGUCCUGAACCUGUGGCAGAAGAAUGGUGUGUUCGACAUGGACAUCAUUCAGCCUCUGAUGGAUAUGUCCAAUGGAACCAUUGUACCUGCCCCUGCACUAGAAGUUACGGCUGACCCCCAAUUAGUGACGCAGCUUCCUGUCAUGAGUGCUUCAGUUGUGACUGCUGUGCCUCAGCUACCCAGUCCUGAUGCCUUAGCUGCCGUGGCACAGCUAUUUCAGUCCCCCCAUGGCCAGGAGCUGCAGAGAAUGCUCCAGAACUUCCAGCAGACAGAUAAGACCCUGGCAGCCACCAUCUCCAACACCAUACCAAACCCACCCCAGAUGCCUGUGGCCCAGCUCAACCCAUACAGUGCACACACUGAAAAGAAAAGCUCUUUAGCUGAGAAACUCCUUGACCGAUUUGACUAUGAUGACGAACCUGAGGAUAUGAUGGCUAAAGAAGGCAGUGCCCAGUCACAAGGCCUUCCUGGGAAUGUGUUUAACCAGUUUCCUGUACAGAUGCCCAACACAGAGAAUGUUCAUCCACAUAUGACGGGACAGACCGGUGGUAUUGAGGGAAAUUCAAGAGAAGACUCAACUAUGAGGCGGGACGGCAGACACAGAGGAAGGAGAUCAAGAUCCAGAUCUGGUUCAAGAUCUCCCAGGCGAAGAAGAUCAAGAUCGUCGUCCCGCUCUAGAAGGCAGAGGCAUCGACGCUCUAAUUCUCGCUCCAGAGAACAGCGUUUGAAAUCUCGUUCUCGUUCUCAGGACAGAAAUGAAAGGGAGAAGGACAGAGAGCGCAGACAGAAAGGUCUUCCCUGCAUAAAGAGCCAGACACUCAGUGUGUGCAGCACUACACUUUGGGUCGGACAACUAGACAAGAAAACUCAGCAGUCCGACGUGAUGUCCCUUUUGGAAGAGUUUGGCCAGAUUGAGUCCAUCAAUAUGAUUCCUCCGAGGGGCUGUGCCUAUAUUGUUAUGGUUCACAGACAAGAUGCCAAUACAGCUUUGAACAAACUCAGUAGGGGGUCAUACAAAGUCAAUCAGAAACCUGUUAAGAUUGCUUGGGCGCUGAACAAAGGUAUAAAAUCAGCGCACAAAAAGUUCUGGGAUGUGGAGCGUGGAGUUACCUACAUUCCCUGGAGCAAAGUCAAAGUUGAGGAGUUGGAGUGCUAUCGGGAAGGGGGUAUGCUGGACGCAGAGACACUAAAUACAGAGUGGGAUAAUGGCAAGGACUUCAAUAAGAAGGCAGCUGUAAAUGGAGCGCUGGAAAGUGUACCAGCAGAUGGAGCCAUCACUGCUCACAUUCAGUUGCCACCAGUUCAACAGGCAGCACCCAUUGGAAGUCCACCUGCUUUCCCUGGCCCCAUCAUGCUGUCCCCUACAUCCAGGCCUCCAGUCGGGGCUCCUUUCACAGAAUUUGACCGUACAAAGAUGGCACCAGGAAGUGUAAUACCUCCAGAGGAGUCUGCCAUGGAUUCUAAAGGAGACAAAGGCACACCCUCAGAUCUGGGCACCGACAACAAGCUGGGGUCUCCUCCAGCAUCGGUGAUGAACCUGCCAGGCCCAGGAGUCAUGCAGGGGCCCAGACCGGGUAUGCCCCCUAUGCAGCCUCCUCCCGGGAUGCCGAAUCCUCAUCUACCUCCAUUCCUCUCACCUCCAAACAUGCCACACAUGCCCCCGCAAAUGAUGCCCGGUGGACCCAUGUUUCCACCUGAUAGGUUCAGAAUGCCUAUACCAUUUCCUCCGCGUGGCCCUCCUUUCCAUCGACAUCCUUCUAUGGGACCAGAGGGCAUGAAUGACAGAGAAGGGAGGCAUUUCCGAAAUGGGAGGGCAGGGUUUGGGUGCCCACCCUUCCUUAGAGGGAGGUGGUAGAGGUUGGCUGAAUGAAGGACUUAAGGGAAGACGAUGCUGAAUCACUGUGAGAGAUACAACAAAGUAUCAGGACAUCUGGUUCAACAAGGACUGAUGUGAACAAUUUGGGGUGCAUAAACCUUUAUUUUACACCACCAGAAGCUUUUCUUAGUGUCAAAUAAACAGGGGAAAGCAAGACACGGUGUUCUGAAUGUGCUCCAUGCUCCUUGAAGUUCACCAGAGAAGAGACUAUUUGCUGUAAAUACUGUUUGUGCUUGUAGCGGUUUGCUAUCUUUUUGUAUAUUUUAAGUUGUGUAGUUUAUGCUUAAGUCUAAUCUAAGUAGUUGGAGGUAAAAACAAAGGCAAAGUCUGUAUUUUUGAGCUGAUUCCGUCACCAGAGUUUUUGUGUAUGGAAGGAGACUGUAAAAAUCUAUUAUUCAUACCUUUUUGGUAUUUUGUUUUUAGUAAAAUGCCUUUGUAACAAACUGAUGUUUAAUUACUCACCAGAGAAGUUGGAUUUCAUUUGAAGAUUGUGUGUCCUGCCAAUAGAGGGUAGAGUAAACCCUGUUACCAUGGCCGACCUCUGUUGUACAUUAAGGUCACACCUUGUAGGAUCAUGUGCUGUGAAUAUUAAAAACAGGUACUACCAUUUGA